AGAGUAAAUUGGUAAAAUCAGUUGGCAACACUGAUCUUCCGUCAGAAAACCGUUAAAUGUCAAGCGCAAACAACCGCGCCGAUUGGUUGUUUUGAAAACACGUUAAAUUUUAAACUGUCACUGGGCUGUUAUUAAAUUGCGGCUUAUAUUUAGGUAACAAAUGUAAAUAAAGCGUGUGACAGGGUGAAUUCAGUGAUUUUAAGUAUAAUUAUACAAUAUGUGUGACACACCGUUUAAAACGCCGUUACCGUAUAAUACCCCCAGAAGCUAUGAAUUUUACACCCCGAAAGAAAACUCCGAUAAAUCAGACAGUGAAGAAUCCACUAGCAGUACGGGGGAAUCGAAAGCGUCGUACAACUCGGCUGAUUUAUCCAUAGUGGCUGUGUUCGAUGAUUUGAUGAGGUUAGUGAAGCAACGAAGACAUGACAAGAUCGAAAACGCGUUUAUAUCUUUUGCUGAGGAUAUCAAGGAUAUGUGGAGCCAUUGGCAGGAGUCCGUGGUGGAAUGCAGAAGACUUCAGUCCUUGAUCAACAAGAAAACGGAGGAGUGCAGCGAGCUGGAGAAUCACUUGAAAGUUGCGAGGAAAUUGUUGGAUAAGGAGAAGUUGAUGACUAAACAGGCUGAGAGGGAAAGAAAUCAAUUAGAAAGACAAAUAUCCCAAAUACAGGACAUAUUUCACCAAAAAGACCUAAAUGUUUUACCCAGCGAAACAAGGGAAAAAUUGGACAUGUUAAACCUUAUGAAAAGGAAAGAGGGUUCCCUGAAUCACAAUCUAAGUGCUAUUCAAGAAAUUAACUCAACUGGCUCAAUUUUAUCGGAUUUCAGCUAUUCAAGAUCUGAAGAUGAUUUAGAUAAUUUUACGUCUGGCCCUGUAUGGAAAAACCACAGGGCUAGUACAGGUGGAGUUCCUGAGCCAGCAAUUAAAAAACGUAGAUCGUCUUCAAAUAAAUUUGUUGAGGUUAAUGCCACUGAUACUGUAAGAGCCACCACAACCCUUACAGUACCAAAAGAAGGCCCCAUUACAGCCACAUCUGUUAUUGAAUCUGUACCAAAACCAUAUGGACAACCAGAUCCAGUUGUUUACAUGGCCAAUCCCUCCGCGCCACCGGCAAGCCUGAUCUUCGAAUCCUGGGCCAAGGGGAGCCCGGCCAGAGAGAAACAGUACAAGCAACACGUGCUGCAGCAAAAAACGAUAGUGAUGCCGGACACUUGCGGCCCUUGCGAGAGGCGCAUACGGUUCGGCAAAACCGCCCUCAAGUGCAAGGAGUGCCGGGUGCUGUGUCAUCUGGAGUGCCGCGACAAGCUGCCGCUGGCCUGCGUGCCUCUGGCAGGCACGCCGAACUCGAAGAAUCAACAGGGUAUUGUUAGUGACUACACCCCCACAACUGCGCCAAUGGUGCCGGGGAUUUUGAUACACUGCGUUAACGAAAUUGAGGCGAAGGGACUCAACGAACUCGGAAUUUACAGGAUACCAGGGGCAGAGAGGGAUGUCAAACAACUUAAGGAAAAAUUCCUUAAAGGCAGAGGCAUCCCCUGCCUUUCGCAGGUCGACAUCCACGUCAUCUGCGGCACUGUGAAGGACUUUUUGCGCUCCCUGAACGAGCCGAUCAUCACGUUCGGCUUGUGGAGGAGUUUCGUGUCGGCAAUCGAGCAAAAAGACAGACGGGACACCGAUCCCGCCCUCUACCACGCCAUCAGUCAACUACCGCAGCCCAACAGGGACACGCUGGCCUACAUGGUGCUCCACCUGCAAAAAAUAUCAGAAGCGAAAGAAUGCAAAAUGCCAAUAGGGAAUUUGGCAAAAAUCUUUGGACCAACAAUUGUUGGCUAUUCCUGCGAGGACCCGGAUCCCGGAAAUUUGUUGACUGAAACAAGGCAGCAAGCACAGGUUAUGGAAGCCUUACUGUAUUUGCCAAGCGAAUACUGGUCCAGUUUUAUUGAUGUAAGUCCAAUUACUUCGAAUAAUCUCCGCCAAACGCCCAGCACGGAUUCCUUGUUGAGAUCUGCCACCAAAAACAGUAUUUUUACCCCGAAUAGGAAUAAUCUGAUGAAGAGGAAACAAAAAUUCUUUGCCACACCGCCGAUGUAUAAAUAAAAGUAAAAACUAAGUAAAAACUUAAAUAUAAGCAUUUUUUAUUUAUAAUAUAUUCUAUUAUUACUUUGUCCUCACAUAAAAUAUAUAAAUUUUUUAAUCAACCACCUGUUUUAGUAGUAUGUACUUAAUAUUAAUGAUAGCUGCUUUAACGUCAAGUAUUUUAAUAUAUCUUGAUUAAUCAUUGUUAGUUUUUUAUUAAAGUAGUUCAAAUAUGUCCUAAUGAUUUUUUACUCCUACCUAAGUCAAAAUUCGUGAAGGGCGCACCAUGAUAAUAAAAAUAUUGGCC